AUGGAGGGCGAGAAGCGUAUUCGAGAGCAAAACACUGGAAAAAAUGGCGCACCCAAAGAAGUAUUGAAGCGAUCCAAGAAACAAGGGUGUACAGCCAAAUUGAAAGCGACUGUGUACAAGUCUGACCCGACCAAAGUAGUGUUGACCACGAUUAACGAUCACAGCCAUGUAAUCGGAUCGUUGGAAGACCUUCAAUACCUACCUUUGUCAGACGAAGUCAAGGUAUUGAUUGAAACCCGUUUGCGGGAAGGAUUUCGAAAAAGAGAAACUCGUUUUUCAAUCCUGCAAAGCCUUGUAAGAUACGUCGAGCAAAAUUUUGCAACUAUCAACUUGGAGCCAGGUCAUUUUAGAUCACUAUCCACUCCCAUUGUCCACAGAGACCAAAUGGUUCAUGCAGAAGAAAUUCACAACAUUUUCAAAAAGAUCCAGGAAAAAAGCUUUCGUUAG